AUGGCGGAGAAACAGACGCCAACUGGGCUGGUCGCGGAUACCCUGUCUCCGCACAUUUUAAAAAGCCGAUCUCCGCGAAGAAGUGCCCGAUCAGAUAAAUUGACGCCAGCGGUGCAGAGGAAGUUUGACAAGAUACACGCGAAAGUGGGUGAAACCAAAGAGACAAUCGCCGAUCUGAGGCAACGUUUGGAGUCAAAGGACAGGAACCUGCGCAGAGAGACCGCUAUGCGAAGGGCAGCCGAGAAGAGACAACUGGAUACAUCAGGUAAAUUUGUUGAUCUAUAUGCAGGCUCUGAUCCGUCAGUCAAUGAAGAACUGAAACAAAGGCUAGCACCCGCAUCCCGUCGGCGAGUAAUGAGGGAGAACAGGAAAUCAGGUCAGUCAUACAGACAACAUCCAACCCCAUCACCAUCGGAGGAAGAUGAUCUGGCGUCAUUAGAUGGAGCCGAGCAAGCUGCUGUUCACAGGGAUGGAGUCGGUAGUAGUAGAAAUAAAAGAUCUCAUUCAGAUGAUAGAAAAAAACAUUCCAGAGAUGAUGAAGCCAGCAGCUAUACAAGUGACUACAGUUUUACUGAUGGUGAAUUUUACUCAAGCGAAGAAACUCCGAAAAGUCAUGGUCACCGAAGUCGACGGAAAGGUCACCAUAGUGGGCGCCGUCACCGCCGACACAGCUGUGAUGAUCCACGAGAUAGCCGGUACCUCAUGCCCAUGCCAGCUCCUGUUUUCUACUACCCCAAGCAUUACUAUAAUAGAGGAGGUCCCAUGCAUCAAACAAUCCCUGGUCCGUUUCAUAGUCCACCGGAGGUGAGCCACAUGCACGAUUCCCGAACGUGGCAAAACCAGUCUCCCAACAGAAGCUUCCCAGAAGGGGAGUUCAGACCUCAAGGUGGACCAAUGGAAAGCACUCAGAAGUCCCCAGCCACUGCUGAAUGUUCUCCCGAAAAACCUCACGAAAAGUCCACCCCAAGUGUAAAUGUUAUUCAGGUGUCAGAUUUGGAGACCACACUACCGUUCCUGGUGGAGGAGCUAGAUGCUGCUAAAGAACUCAAUAGAAAGCUCUCAGAACAAUUGAUGGAAGCUGAAAAAGAGAUCCAAAGCUUGAAGAUUGCUAAGAGUUUGUCAGAGGUUUCCAAUGAAGCUGAGAUAAAUGCUAAAAGUGCAGCCCUAAUCGAGGAACUGUACAGAGCAGCUAAAGUGAGGGAGGAGGCGGUGAUGGCCAGGUUACGGCUGGCAAAUGAGGAGAGAGAUGAAGCCAUAUUGAGGCUGAGGAGACUUGAGGAAGCUAGAGACGCUACUGAUUCUUUCACUGAAAUACAUUCCAAAGACGAAGACCUGAAUCCUGUGGAUACGAGUUUAAGUGAAUUAUUGUGCAGACUUACCAAGGCAGAGGGCAGUGAGGACGUCGAUAAGUACGGCCAUGUCAUCAUGAGUAAAAUUGAACUAACUCGAGACAGAAAGAGACGCAUCACGUCUGAAGAGAUGAGAGCAAUUUUAGAUGAGAGAGAUGUCGCUUUGGCUAAGUGUCGGAAACUUGAACAGGAGCUUGCUUUUCUGCGAAAAACCAGUGAAGGAACGUCUUCCAAAAACAAUAAUGAGAUGGCAUUGCGGGCGCAAUUGCAGGCCACUCAGCAAGAGAGAAAUGUCGCGUUGGCGAAAGCCCGAAAACUUGAAGAUGAGCUGCAGACAUUGAGUGUCUAUUACAGUCUUCACAAGUCGUUGUCCCAGGAGCAGAGUCUACGAGAUCAGUUCAACAACACAUUAGGAAGUUUUGAAGAUGAGAUCAAAGUCAGAGACGAGUUUUUAGUGAAAUCACAGAAGGACCAAAACGAUCUGGCUGCGCAUCUCCAGCAGGCCCUGGCUGAAAGAAAUGCAUUAAUGACACAGUAUCAACAGUCCCUCCAGUCUCAGAAAGAAGCUGCGGGAAAAACUGAAAAAUUGGAAAGACUUGUUAAUGUACUACGAAAGAAGCUAGCUGAAGGAACUCCAAAGAUUGUAAGCUGAAGAUGAUGCUGAUUCAAAUAAAAAAAAAAUGAGCAGUGCCUUUUUCGAUGUUGCUGAUGGCAGAACGAUUAGCAGAUUCGAUGUCCAGAGAAUCUCACCUGGCACGGGGAAAACCUCGGGUGGAAUCAUGUUAUGCAUCAAUCAUGUGGGUGAAGUAGUAGAAAAUACCAGCGUGAGUUCCUUUCAAUAUUAAAGUUAUUCAGGAAACAGCAUUUUAAAUUUCAACAGCAUUUUAAAUUUAUGUAAUGAUAUUAAUAUAAUCAUGAAUCUAA